GUCAUCAGCCUCGGACUCUCCGGCACUUGCGCAGUCGGCACUUGCUGUACUCGUACUUCCACCUACCACGACUAGAUACUUAUCUUCAUUCCCUGGCGGAAAGCGGAAUAUAUUUAAAUCGAAAUGGAUACCUCGCCUACUGCCCUCUUCGACUCUUACGAGCAGGACUUCAAGCAAUUUAUCGAGACAAUACGUGAAAAGUUGGAAGGGGAUGAGAAUCAGGAUGGUGAACAGCGCAAAGCAUCGCUACGGCGGGUAGAAAUGGAACUGGACGAGGCCGACGAAAUGGUAUCUCAAAUGGACAUCGAAAUUCAGGGAAUUCCACAAUCUAUACGGCCCCAGUAUCAGAAUCGUCUCAAGUCUGCUAAGGCUGAUCUUUCCCGGUUCAAAAAGACUUUCAAGGACCUUUCUGCCCAACUUGCUCGAUCUAGUCUUCUAGCAUCUUCCACACCCCGUCCUGGUUAUUCCUCAGACGACCCUUAUGGUUCCUCCAGUGAUCGUUCACGUUUGCUUGCUGGUACGGCACUGCUGGAGGACGGCACUAAACGAUUGCAAGACUCGCAGAGGCUCGCAUUAGAGACCGAGGAUCUAGGUGCUGACAUCCUGUCAAAUCUUCGAGUACAGAGGGAACAAAUCGAGAACUCUAGGAGCACACUUGAAAUGGCAAACAACUCGAUUGCACGGGCUUCAAAUAAGUUGACGAGUAUGAUCAGAAGGAUGUAUCAGCAACGUUUUGUGACGGGUGCCAUUAUUGCUAUACUCAUAUUCCUCAUUAUCAUCGUUGUGUGGAGUAAACUCAGUUAGAUGUUUGACUUCAUUAUUUAUUGUAAACAUUGUGCUCCCACUAGUCCAAUCAAAUGAACCUUCAUGGAUU